CCCAAGAUCCGUAUGAAUGUUUCUUUUUUUCUCAAUUCGAUUAGAUACAAAUCGAAAGAAAUAUCGUGGUGAGAGGUAAUCGAUAACGAUCGCGGGUCAUCAAAUGGCCGAGUCCGCUGUCCCAAAGACAGAUCGUCAAGUGCUUCAAUCGUCGAAACACCUGUCCAACGAGCACCAAGAACACCUGCAGCUGGACUGUUUGGAUCACAACGACUCCAAUUUCCUGAAAGUUCCCAAACGAAAACUGUCAGUGUUUUAUCGAUCGUUCGACGUGAUCGAGGCGAAAAGUCAAGAAGACACGCUCGAGUUUCGGCGCACCUCCAGUAGUCCCUCGGUCCGUUUGAACGAACCACAAGACGAGGAAACAAGAGGCAAAGAAGUCUAUUGUGAGACAAGUUCGUGCAGAAAAGGUUUCGUGAACAAUUGUAGAUCGUUGAUCGAGAGUGGCAAAUUCCUCGGCGGCUCCACGACCGAUCAACAAGACCAAAGAUCGAGCGGUCUUCGAUGUUCGCAAACGCGAAGCUCCUCUCCGAUGACAGGGAAGCUGCCGCUGGUCAGGGAUGACAAGAUCGUUGACAAUUGCGCCACGAUCGAGAAACAGUGUAAAUUGAACAGUAACGGAAUCGACGUAUCCAAAGGCGUCGAUGAAAAUAUCGUCGACGACGCUACGUCAAGGUCGUCCUUGGAGGGCGGCCAUUCCGAACGGGACGGGCUUGAGCUGACUUCCAGAUCAGAGGAGGAUCAUGGGACAACGGUGGAUCGUGGAUCUAGCCAGGAUCGGCGAGACGUGGCGUCGAACGGCGAUCUGGUUAAGAUCAAAGAUCCAGCGUAUCGCGGAGCGUUCGUGAACGCGUCGUCGUCCAGUGUCGGUGGUGAGAGGCUAGCAGCAGUCGGCGCCGAAAUGUCGAGUCACGAGGACAGCUCGAUCGAGUCUGACUGCGAGGAGGAACCGAUCGUGGCGAGAAGUCGCGCGGGAAACGGCGAGGCAACGAUCGAAGGAACGAAAAAGGGGGAUUCACCGCGAGCCCCGUCGCCUCUCACGAACGGGGAUGCCCCGGGAGAACCGGAUCCGAGUGGGAAGAUCGACGGCGAGAAAACGGAAGACUGUGUCCAGUCGACGCCAGAGAAGCGACAAAGGUACUUCGCCACAAAGCGAUCCCUGUCCGAUGGCGACUCGAAACGGUACCACCGUGCAAGACGCCAUUGUGGUUGCAGCAAACAGGAGCAGUCGACGGAUGAACCAGAACAAUUUCAGGCUUUUCCAAGCUUCACGGACAGUCGACUAAAGAGUAUAGGAUUGUCGCAUUCGGAGGAAACGAGUAAUUUGUACAGUGAAAACUUUGUUUCGCCGGAAAACGAUCUUGAGCGUAAAUAUAUCGCGUUCUCCAUAGGACUCGGUACCGACAGGAUCACUUUGCAGCGACGAAUGAUGUGGUCGCUGAGACAACGAGAUCUAGCUGAGAAAAAUUUUAAACAUGAAAUUGAGGAUUUAGAAGAAGAGAUAAAGAAACUACCGCGUUGUUCGUGGUGUACGGACGGUGAGUCGGCAGGAGUCCACGUAGCCGACACAUACGUUCAGAAAUUGCGUUCCAAGUGUGAAAAUUUGUCUAGGGACAUUGCUGAAAUCAAGCGUAUAUUAUUAAAGCACAACAUAGUGAUCGAAGAAGGCACAGAAGAGAUUUACGACGUACCUCUUCAGCCGUCGCGAUACAGAAACGGAUUGCCCUCGAAUAAUCGAACGCUGAUGGCUAGAAGAAGAGCGAGCAUAGCGACAAUCUCACGGCCCUUGACAUCGCAAGAUAUACUGAAGGAAAGUCCCAGGCAACGUAAUUCUGUUUCUGGUAGAGUUACUAUAAGGAGGCCAUCUUUGUGCACCGAGGUGAGAUGGGAAAGUGAAAAACUAAACCGAACAGACAGUUCUGAAAGCGUCGGUGAAUUACGCGAUAUUUCAGAACAGACUGAAUGGAGGAGGGACUCUCAUGAAGAGAAUAAUAAUCUCCCGAGGCACGGUCAAGCCAGUGAUAUUGAUGCGAAUCGUGACGAUGCCGAUAAUGUAAAGGAUAAUGAUCGGUCAUCAUCGUCGUUGUCAUCUUUUUUAGAACCUAGAACCGCCGAGAAACAAUUACUACCAUGUAUACGAACAGUCGAACCCUUACGAAUACCUAGAAAUUUUCAAACAUUACGGCCGAUAUUGUGGUACAUAUUAAUCUUUUUACUUGGAUUUUAUGCUCAUUAUGUAACUUCGUCUGUUGAUACAAGCGUAGCAAAUCUAUCAUAAUUAAUCUA